UUACAGCCAGUGGGGUUCCUAGCGGCGCUAUGUGGCUGCUACAGUCCAUCUUGCUCUGUUUUCCCUUGGCUCUUGCUUUGAGCAGUCACCAGAAGCCCGAGGCACCAGAUUAUCCUGGUGAACUCCACUGCGGGCUACAGAGUCUUCAGUUCACCAUAAACCUGAGCCAGGGGACAGCGACUCCUGCACUGAUAGCUUGGGACAACCGCGGGCUGCCACACAGGCUGCAGAAUAACUCUGGCUGUGGUGUCUGGCUAAGGGAGGGCCCAGGCAGCUCCAUGGUAUUAGAAGCCUCUUACGGCGGCUGCUAUGUCACUGAGUGGACCAGGUUGACCCAGUCACCAGGAAUGCUGAGGCCCCCUGCACCACCAUCAGGGGUGACUCCCCAGGACCACCACUAUAUCAUGCUACUUGGAGUCGAGGAAGCAGAUGUGGCUGGACGCAGCAUGGUUACGAAGACAAAGAUGCUCAAGUGUCCUACGGAUCCCCCAGACACAACUUCGUUAUCUAGCUCGAGUUACUCGCCUCUUCAAAAUGUAGCCCUAGAUGCUCCAAACGCUGACCUGUGUGACUCUGUCCCAGUGUGGGACAGGCUGCCUUGUGCUCCUUCACCUAUCACUCAAGGAGACUGCGAGAAGAUUGGCUGCUGCUACAAUUUGGAGGCAAGUUCCUGUUACUAUGGAAACACAGUGACCUCACACUGUACCCAAGAUGGCCACUUCUCCAUCGCCGUGUCUCGGAAGGUGACCUCACCCCCACUGCUCUUAAAUUCUGUGCACUUGGCCUUCAGGAAUGACCAUGAAUGUACCCCUGUGAUGGCAACACGUACCUUUGCCCUCUUCUGGUUUUCAUUUAAUUCCUGUGGCACCACAAGACAGAUCAUUGGAGACCAGGCAGUAUAUGAAAAUGAGCUGGUCGCAGCUAGAGAUGUGAGAACUUGGAGCCAUGGUUCUAUCACCCGUGACAGUAUUUUCAGGCUUCGAGUUAGCUGCAGCUACUCGAUCAGUAGCAAUGCCUCCCCGGUUAAUGUCCAGGUUUUUACGCUCCCACCACCCCAUCCUGAGACCCAGGCUGGACCCCUCACUCUGGAACUCAAGAUUGCCAAAGAUAAGCUAUAUGGAUCCUACUACACUGCCGGUGACUACCCAGUGGUGAAGCUACUUCGGGAUCCCAUUUACGUGGAGGUGUCUAUCCGCCACAGAACAGACCCCUACCUGGGGCUACUUCUCCAUCACUGUUGGGCCACACCCAGCACAAACCCGCAGCAUCAGCCCCAGUGGCCCAUGCUGGUGAAAGGAUGCCCCUAUGCUGGAGACAACUAUCAGACACAGCUGAUCCCUGUCCAAAAAGCCCUGGACCCUCCAUUUCCAUCUUACUACCAGCGCUUCAGCAUUUUCACCUUCAGCUUUGUGGACUUGGUGACAAAGAAGGCACUUGGGGGACCGGUGUAUCUGCACUGUAGUGCAUCUGUCUGCCAGCCUGCUGGGACACCAUCCUGUAUGAUAACCUGUCCUGUUGCCAGGCGAAGAAGAAACUCUAACAUCCAUUUUCACAACCAUACUGCUAGCAUUUCUAGCAAGGGUCCCAUGAUUCUACUCCAAGCCACUAAGGACUCCUCAGAAAAGCUCCAUAAAAACUCAAGUUCUCCUAUAGGUUCCCAAGCUCUGUGGAUGGCAGGCCUUUCUGGGACCUUAAUCAUUGGAGCCUUGUUAGUGUCUUACUUGGCUAUCAGGAAAUGGAGAUGAAUUAUUCCAGUUGUGUUAAUAAAACCAGAUUGCACUA